AUGAAACUCCGCCUGGACGACGGAACCGAACUGUUCUACACGGUGGACGACUUCACCGACCCGUGGACGGAGCCCGAGACAGUGCUCAUGCACCACGGCAUGGCCAAGAAUCACCGCAUGUGGUUCGGCUGGGUGCCCACCAUCGCCCGCCACUACCGGGUCAUUCGGUUCGACAUGCGCGGAAUGGGCCGGUCCGACGUGCCUGAGCAAGGCUACCCGUGGUCGCUGGACAAUUUUACCAACGACCUGGAGGAAGUGGUCAGCAAGUUGGGCUUAGAGAAGUUUCACCUGGUCGGCGAAACGGUGGGCGGCUCCAUUUCCAUGAACUACUCCACCCGGCACCAGGACCAGUUGCUCUCCCUCACCGUAUGCACCUCACCCACCAGCUUUGACUCCCACCACCAGGAGAGCGCCAGCCUCAUCGAGCACGAGGGCAUCGAAGCUUGGGUGGACGACUCCAUCGGACGCCGCCUCGAUCCCGACCUCGUGCCUCAGGAAUAUAUCCGCUGGUAUGCCGACCAGAUGAAGGCCACCCCUGCCCACGUCGUGCAGGGCUUCCAGGCCAACGCCGGGGGAGACCUCGGCCCCGCCCUCCGGAACGUCCAGACCCCCGUGCUGGUGCUGGCGGCCGCCAGCCUGCGGGAAGAAGUCCUGGGCGAUUUCCGCGGCGCUGCCGACCUGUUCCCAAACGGCGAACGAGUUGUGUUCCCUGGGAUCACCGGCUUCGUGCAGCACAUCCUGCCGACGGCCUGCGCCCGAGUCUGGCUGGACUGGGUUCGGUCCCUGUAA